AUGAACGUUCCUAUAAAAGUUCUGCAGCUUAACAUCGAGGCAUCGUUCAACAAGAUUGCGGGGAGCAAGACAAGCAUCAGGACCACCUCCGUGUUUGUGGAGUCAUACAACCAGAGGAUCUACCUCCGGGACCAUAGAAGGGCCAUCCAAACCCUCCCACUCAACUCUGAUUUCCUCAGUGACUUGCGCAACCUUCCCGAGCCACCCAGCUCCGACAGCGCUUGGGGGCCAUACCAAUCCUUCUUGAACAAGUGGGGAACGCACUACGUGGCCGAGAUGUUCCACGGCUCAUGGCUGCGCCAGUGGACCGUGGCCUCCUCCACGGCGACGUUCACCCAGCGCCAAAUGCAGGCCAAAGCCUGUGCCAAGCUCACCGGCCUCAAGGGAGUCCUCCCCAACAUGGAGGGCUGCGCGGGGAUCACUCUUGAGGAGAUGCGCGCCGCGGAGGGGAUCAACACGCAAGACACUCGAGAGGCCCGGGGUGGAUCGUCCGCCACCGUCUCGCAGCUGCUCUCGGGUGACAUAACCAACGAUCUCAUCCGGAAGUUCAUCGAGGAGGGAGCCACGAGCAAGGAAGCAGUACGCUACGGCUUCUUUCCAGUGUGGGUGCCCGUCUUGUCUCAGUACAUGUCGUCCGCGUCCAAGGAGUGGAGAGUGGCGACGGCGCUCCAGGCUUACUAUGAAGGCUUCCUCGCCUUCAAGUGUCCCCUGGACCAGCUCAACACACCCGCGACUGUCUUGCAGCAGUUUCGGAGGCUCAGCAAUGGCAAGUAUCAGUGCGUUCGCCAGUGCCAGGGCUGCAGGCUUGACAAGGAUUGCAACCUUAGUGGUGUAUCUGGAUGCUACUGCUACGGUAACUCGUGCAUCAACGCUCUGGGACCGGAUGGCCGAGCUCAGGUUCAGCGGCAGAAGGAUAACCUCGACCGUAAUGUGCUGCCUAACAGGUCGUGUGAGUACAAGUUUCCUCAGUGCCGCUGCAACACCAAAUCCAAAGAGGCGAACUGUGGUGCUGACAACAUGAUUCCGAUAUGGGACCAGGGUCAGAACAGCAUUGCGAUCGAUUCAGACAUCCUUCUUUAUGACGAAGAAUGA